CAAUCGCAUGAUUCUCCUGGUGUAGAUAGUAAGUCCUGUUGAUGAAACCCCAAAAACUUCAAGUGCCACAUUUAGAAACAAUAACGGAUUGAGAGAAAAAGGGAAAGGUGUGUAGAGUUCCAGUUCCCACUGUCCUGAUGUCAAUGGUGAAAUCUGCAGGAUGUUGGCGGUGCAGGACAGCUGGUCAUCCAGUGUCACAAGUUCUGAACCGGGGGGACACCAAAGAGUUCUCAACGGUGAUGGCGCGGCCAUGGUUUGAGUGACUUUGGAUACAUUAUCGUGAAUCAGAAAAAUUGUAAUUCGUUCCUCUUUGAACAUAUCAAAGGAGAACAUCUUGUUCCCCUAAAUGACUGUGCAGUUUCCGACAUCACUCGCUCAGUGCACAGUAUAACAGACGGCAGCAAGUUUGCAGCAUGGACCAACUCAACUCCUCUGUGGUCACGUCUAAUAUCUCCUCUCCUGGAUAUCCACCUCUUACCUCCUGGUUCUCCGAUCUGAUCGCUUCGGUGGUGCUGUCCUUUUGUUUCCUUCUGGGAGUUCCUGGAAACAUCGCCGUGAUCACCCUCAGACCAAACUGGGAGCACCUGUCCGAUCUGAGUCAGAUUUUGAUGCUGAAUUUGGCCGUUUCAGACUUGCUCUGCCUGCUCACUCUGCCGCUGUGGAUUUACACUUUACUGUACAGCUGGACCUUCGGCCUUGUGACCUGUAAGCUGCUGGCGUACCUUGUCUACUGCAGCCUUUAUGGCAGCCUGCUGACUGUGACGGUGCUGAGUGUCCAGCGCUACCUACAGUGGUUCGACAGCUGACCCCGGACCAGCACUGGACCACCUGCCAACCUCGCUUCUCUUCCCCGGCCCAGCGGAUGGCCGUGCUGCUGUCAGAGUCUUUGCCAGGAUUUGUUUCAAUAACUGUC